AUGCCCGAGGAGCCCGAGCCCACAGGACGGCAGCGGCUGCCCUACAGCCUCCCACAUGACAGUUCGAACCCUUUUCAAGCACGGUUCAGUCGAGCGCAUCAGAAGGCUCGCAUGGUAAAGAAGAGCCUUGGGCCGGCGCUUCACAUGUACAAGCAGCUGGAGGCCAAGCUAGAAGCACAACGUACGAAUGCAGUGUUGCUUCGAGCCGAAUUCGUCGAAGCUGAGUCCGAGCGCGGAGGUCUUGUGCGACGUCUGCACAAUGAGCUGCUGGCCGCAGGCCAGAGCGACACCGCAGGCGGGGCGAGCAGGCUGGCCAUGAGCUCUCCCCGGAGGUCCCCAUUCGACGAGCAACGCUUCGCGCGGGCUCCGAACGACCUGGACCAUGGAUGUUCUUUCGUGGUCGCGGGCGAAGUCGGCGCGCCCAUGGGUGCCCACACCGAGUCCGCGCCCAUGGUGAAUCAGUUCAAGACUGGCAUCACGACUAGGAUGUCUCACAAGAAGAGCCAGGCGCCCACCUUGUCCGCGCUGCCUGCUGCUCGCUAUCCUGCGAUGUCGCUAGGCAAGUCUGCAGCGAAGCAUCGCCCUUGGCCCGGCUGCCGCGGGAUUGCGGAGGGUGCCUCCGCCGCCGGCAGCGCAUUGCGCACGAGGCGCAUUUGCCACCGCUACCUCGUGCACUCCGAACGCCCAAGCAACGGCAACACGGGCGCCCUCGCGCGCUUGGGGGGCGCGGAUUUCAACUUCGAGCCCGCUAUGCUCGAAGCGCAGUCGUGCGUCUUGGAAGUCAAAGGGGGCCACGCGACCCCCAGCUCGCGCACGCAAUUUCCAGUUGGGCCGCCCACCACCGUUGACCACUGCGCGUGCUCGAGCGGGCUCGGCAGGGGCAUCAAGUCGAUUGGCGCUCUCUUGGAUACCGACCCUCCGCCCCAACGCCCCUCGACAGUCAGGUUUGGCCCUCAGCUGACGGCGCCACCCGCCGGCAUCUCCGCCCACCGAGCGAAGCACCAGGCCAUGUUCGAGCGCGCGGCCCUGGAGGCCCCCCGCGUCUUCGAGGCCGUCGAGACCGCUGACCUCAGGGUCGCGGCCGAGAGUCUGUCCGACUGCAAGGCUCGGCUGCGCAUUGGGGCCCAUGAGAUCAUCUCGCCGUCAAGGCGCGAGGUGAGAUACAAGAGGCUCGGCGUCGACCUGGCCCUCACUCGCCUCUGUCUGUCUGCCUACAGAUGUGGGCGAGUCAUGCGCUUAGCGGGCUGGCUGGAGGGAGCGAAGGCGCUGCACAAGGUGGCGGAGUUCCCCUUCGGCUGCAGGUUCGCGCUGGACAAGACUGCCGUCGCUGCCUCAAUCACGGCCAUCGAUCCCCAUCUGUUAGCCGCCGACUCGAGCAUGCAGGUGCUGUCGGCCUCCCUCGCGGCGCAGGACCAGCUGCUCUCGGGGGCGGACCGCAGGCGCGGGGAUCCGAUGCGGGAGGACGCGGCCGGGCAUCCCCUCGUCUUCAACGACCCCGACUUCACGGCCAUGGUGGAGACUCUCCGCCGGUUCAAGUUGAAGCUGCCCGGCAAGAAGACGCACAGGGGGCGGCGGGUGGACGCAGCCCAGUUCGAGAUCGCAGAAACGUGCUUCCAGAGGCAUCAUUUCUCAGGGUGCCCCCGCCCAGGCCUCGAGGGCCCCUUCACCGGGUUCGGGCGCGAGUGGGGCUCCGAGCCAUUCGCGACCAGAGUUGCCUGCAGUACCAGCGCGGCAGGCGCUGCUCUGCAGAGGGCGGCGUCGGGUUGGGAGUCCGCCAGCGGCAUGCAGUACAUUCGAGCGCCAGCCCGCGUGGAAUUUCAGGCGUUCGACUCGACGGUGGACCAGGUGUGGCCGUGUUGCGCGGCGCAAACGCACGCGCCGGGCUCGCAGGGGACGCGCGGGCGACGUCGCAAGGAGCCGCGGAGGAGCGCUGCCGCGGCAUCGGGGGGCGCCGCUCCGGACCAACAGCGGUGUCUGACAGACGCCGCGAGCAGUCGCGUGGAUGGGGCGCUGCUGACGCUUCCAGGCCUGCGUAACCCGAGGUGGUAUUGCUUCAUGAACGCGCCGGUGCAGGGACUCCUCGCCAUCUACGACGUGCGAGCGGCGUUGCGCACAGUGCGGCGGGGCACCCCUGAAGAUUGGGGUGGAUGGCGGUUUUCGGAGCGCAACAGCGCGGAGCAGAGGUCCCGGGCGAGCCCAGACUUUGACAAAUUGUUGGCCGAGACGUUGUGGGAGAUGGAGAACAACAGAGGGCGAAGGCCGAUCAGGUUGGAGGCAUUACCGCCCGUGUUUUAUGAUGAGGCGCAGGAAGACGCAGGGGAGUUUUUGCAGGAAUUGUUGCACGACGGGCGGUCGCCGGUCGUCAGUGAGAUUUUCCGGAUGGAGAAAGCGGAGCGACUCGUGUGCACCAUGGAUGGUUUCGGCGGGGCACAGGAAGUCGAGGGGGACAGAGACAUGACGUGUUUGAUGGUGCAAGUACCAAGGGAUGCCAGUGGUCGGGUGCGGACAGUGCAAGAGGCCGUGGACAGAAUCUGUGGCGGGGAGGUGAUGGGAGAGGGCUAUAGGUGGUUGUGCCCAAAAGGGUGCGGCUGCCGGCAGGCGAGGAAGGAGUUGCAGGUGACGAGGCCGCCGCAGUGUCUGUGGAUCCAGCUGGUCGCGCAGGCUUACGAUGGAGUUACCGGAAGGGUUUGGAAGGUUCCGCAUGCGGUGAUGCCGAGUGAGGAGUUGCGCCUCAGCGGGCAAAAGUACACUCUGGUGAGCUGUGUGUUCCACCACGGCGAAGGGUUCCACACUGGCCACUAUAACGCGCGCUGCCGGACAUCGCAUGGCGGCAGAGCGCGAUGGGAAAUGCGGGAUGACGGCGAAGUCUGGCCGAGCGCGCCGCCUUCUGACGCGCGUGGAUGGAAGACUGCCUCCGACUCGUCGGUGCACAUACUGAUGUACGCGCGCGUGGCCGCGGUGCCCGAGGCGGAGAGAGCGCGCGAGGCGGGGUUAGUGGUGGGGGGCGACGGCUUGAGAUCAGGGGCGGCCUCGAGCGCAGCGCGUUCGGGCUCGUCAAGCGUUAAUGAAACAGCGGCAUGGGAACGCGGCGUGGUCGACCUGGAGGGACCGUCGUCGGCGACGUCGAAGGAGAAGCGUCCUGGGGGGCUGGUAAUGCAGGGCGUCGCCGCCAGGAAAGGUCGCGCUCCGGCGGUGCACAUCCUGCCCUGUGAUCUCGUGGCGCCAGUGCGGGUCAUCAGGGAAUCGGAUAUCCGCGCACUGCGUUUGUUGCUGAGUCCGUGCGAGAAGCCGGAAGUGUUGGACGUUCCCGGACUGGAGUUCGUGCCUGGAGAGCUGCGCGCUCAUCUCUGGAAAGCGUGGGGCGACGCGGCAGGUCUCCUGCGAGUCAUGCGAGAAACGUGGGUACGGGCCUGGCAGGGGUGGGAGGAGUCAUGGGACGCGCUGGCAGGCGCCCCCGAUGCGGAGGAUCGGUGCCGCGUCGUGGAAGAACGGACGUGCAAGUUCAUGGAAUUCUUGAUGGGGGAAGUGGUGUUCGAGGCGAAGACGGACGGGGAACGCGUCGCCGACAUGGCACGGGAUGGCCGCUGUGUGGGCGCAGCGCUUGCACAUGGGGUGAACGCUAGCCUGGCGGACGCUAUAUUCCAGCUUGUGUCGAACGCCGGGUGGUGUGGACAUGCCUUGGCGUCCGCUGAGGAGCGCCGCGUCGCAUGUGAAGCGUGCGUGGAGUAUUUGCGGAACGUCGAGGAUGCGUGGCUGAACCUGGCGUCGCAUGGGGGAGAGCUGAACGUUGCCGCUCAUGCAGGCGAGAUCGUGCGGUUUGCGUUGGCUCGCCACGGCACGCAAGCAGUAGUGCUGCCGGGCCGGAUCAGCUUGCGCACGUACUCCCGCUUUGACGGGCAAGUCGGGCCACGCGGGGGCUAUGUCAUGACGUUUUCCCGAGAGGAGAUCCAGGGGGGCAGCCCGGUGCUGGGCGAAUGGCCACGUGAGGGCGAUGUCUCCGAGGAAGAAGGGGCAGUAAGCUUUGAAAUAUACAACGAGACAGGCGUGGACAUCAGCAGCACAUGUUACAGGCCAGUAUGGGCGCGUGCCGAGAAGGAUGAUCUCGGGAAGCCGCCUUCCCAGGAAGCAGGAGAAACCCGGGAGGUGAACGGGCCAGGGAGGGAGCAGAUCGAGGGCGCAGGAUCGCAGACGGCGGCGAAACGCGCACGCUUGACGAGGAAAAGCACGCUGGCCGAGCAGGGCGCCAGCGCUCAGACGUCAGCUUUGGAGCACGGAAGUGGGGUGCGGUCGUUCGACCAGGCGGCGCCCCCUCCGCCUUCUCCGCGCCCGGUGAGGCGGCCGGAGAGGGCGCGCAGUUCUGACAUGGCCAGCGCGGCCAAGGAGGGUCGAGAGUCCGAGGAAGUAGUGAGGUCUAGGACGGCGCGGCCGAGUUGCGCAGGGGCGGACGCGAGUGCGGGCGGUGCGGGCAGGAGCGGCACGGAGCAGAGCAAGGCCCAGGUGGUGGAGAACGACUACACGGAGGCAGCGGGAGCAGCGCACGUUUACCGUGUCCGCGCCGUCGAGAACGGCCGCGUGUCCGCGGACGUCUUUCGGGGGGGCAGGGAAGAAGGUCUACGUGCUGCCGCAGAGCUUAUGAAAGAGCACCCCACCGUGCCAGCGGUCUCCGUGCACGGAGCAUCGUUGGAAGACGAAGCCAUCUUCUCACGAGGUGCCGUAGUGCUGCCGCAAGCACACUGCGCUUUCAGCAGAUGCGGGUGGAGAGGGUCCAGCAAUGCAGAGCUCCAGGAGCAUGUGGUAAGCAAUCACGCGGAGGAUCUACGGGACGUCGCGGAGUCGCUCGCUUGCAACGAAGAAGACGAGACGAGGCGAAGAGAGGCACAGUACGGGUCCGCGUACAACGAGGCCAUCGCAUGGAAAGUUAGAACGGGCGCGCCGCUUGCAGCACUGGCGAUCGAUCGUCGAUGUCUGUUCGAGUAUGCGCGGAGUCUGCGCGAGGGUGCCGUCAAUUCUCUCGUGUGCAUGGUGUGCGCGCGGAAGUUUCCGCGCGUGGAAGGGCGCAGAGGGAACCCCAUCGAAUGGCGCGCGGUGAGUCCCAACGCGGACGGACUGUUCGGGCUGUCAGGCGCGUUUGUGAGGGAGCAUAUGUCGGUGGACGCGUACGUGGAGCGGUUCGGCAAUGUGAGUGCCGACGGGGAGGGUAGCAGCGGUGUGCAUCUCCGUGAUCGAAUGGAGGAGUUUAAUGAUUGGCAACUGACGGUUCCAUCAAAAGAGGGGCCCGUCCGCGUGCUCUGUUGCCCCGAGGACAUGCGGUGCGGUAGUGGCACGUGGCACUCGGAGAACACGGCGUGCAGAUGUUGUGAAGCCCCGCUGUGCGGUGAGCGUAAGAACGCGAUGGUGGGCGGUCGCGGCGAGGCGGGAGAAAUUUUGGAGACCACGAAGGCGAACGCUGUGGUGUGUGAGAAGAGCAGUUUCGACGAGGGAGACAUCAAUGCGCAGCGGAUUGAGGCCGUGCGGACCUUCGUGCAACGGCUAGAUGAGGAGUGCGCGCAUGGCGGGGCCGACGACACGUCGAACUCCAGCGAAGACGAAGAAGGCGGCGGGAAGGCAGAACGGGGAAGUAAACGCAGCCGCGUCCGCGAGGGAACGGCCUCGAGCGCGGAUGAGGCGGCGCGAGAAGCAGUGGAGCGCGACAUGCUGAUUCAGGCCGGGCGCGACAGGAAGCGCGUGGAUCGAGCGAAGCAGAUUUAUCGCGCGCUCGACGGGAAGUACGUAGACAUCAACAAUAGGAAACAGAAAGUAAACGGCGACAUGACCAAAGUGCGGCACGUGCCAGGGCUGGGGAAAGGCGCCCAUAAGCUGCUGACGCACAUAGAGCACACGUCGCGGCGACUGUCUGGGACGCAGGAAGCGCGUCGAGUCAUGCGAUUUGAGACGAACGCGCUGCGAGUGCGGUACGGCGUCCCCAUAUUCGUUACCUUCUCGCCCGACGAAGGUCGCAAUCUGCUCAUGGUGAGACUCUCGCGCGCUCGCCGGCAGGACCCCGUGCACAAGGCAGCUGAUGAUGAAGCGCACUCGCGGCUGGCGGGGGGUCGGGGCUGGCCGCGCGUAGCCCCCGACAUGGAUGGGCUGCGCAUGGACCUGCCGAUGGCCACGGGGGAGGCAGGAGUGCCGCCAUGGAACGAGCGCAGACGCAUUCUUGCGAGAGAUCCCAUGGCCAGCGUGGACGGCUUCCGUAUCCUGGUGGACGCCACGCUCCAGGCGCUGCGGGAGCGGCCGGAUCUGCCGCAGCAGAAGAUGGCACGGCUGCAACGACACGACAAGGAGAGCGGGGACUUGUACGGCUUUUUGCCCAUCGCAGAAGGCAUGCCCGUCGCUCUGACCGAUCAUAUCGAUCGAAGCGAGGACAAAAACCUGCUGCGCGGUCGCGUUGGCUGGGUGCAAUCCUGGGCGUGCGACGGGGACGACGUCAAUGAUCUAGUCACGCGCGGCGGGGAGACCAUUGUGAAGAAGACGCCAAAAGUGAUUUUCGUGAUGUUCGACGAAGGCGAUGACGGGAACGGCGGCAGGAAGCCGCGGCAGUGGACGAUCGAGGGAUUAACGACACCCGGCUUGCACCCUGCGGUUCCGCAGAAGAAGGAUUGGUGCGCGGUCUGCGGGUGCACGAAGUACAAGAAUAUGUACCCAACGAUUGGGCAGUGGAGCCGCGCAGACGGGCUCCGCGUGUGCACCGUGUGCCUGGAAGAUAAGAAGAGGGCGGGCACGCCGUGGCAAUGCAUGGAUUGUGGUUUAUGGAAGUGCCAGGAGGCUUUCCACGCGUCACAGCACCACCCGCCGAAGCUGACCACGCGGCGCUGCGUGGACUGCCCCGAGAGACGGAGUUGCCGCGUGUGCGAGCAUCGGAAAUACGAACAGGCGUUCGCGCGGCAUCAGUGGGAACUGGCGGGGAACAGCCGAGGUAGGGGAGGAAUGUGCGCAGAGUGUGAAGAAUUGAAGAAGCACCUCGUAUGUGGUCGCUGCAAGGAGAGCAAGAUCGCCACCCAUUUCGCGAAGCGCGACGUCGAUGACGUGGAGCGCUGGUGCGACAAGUGCAAAAGAGAGGCCGCAUUCUCCAGGCGGAUGUGGAACGACGUCGCCGACAAGCAACGCAAGUGUGAAACGUGCGUCAAGAAGGCGAAGGUGAAGUCGUGCGUGGCGUGCGGCGAGGAACAGCCGGAGGGCGCAUUCUCCAGGCGAAUGUGGAACGACGUCGCCAACAAGCAACGCAAGUGCGAAACGUGCGUGAAGGGAGCGCGACCGCCGCGCGGGUAUUGGAAGUGCGUGCAGUGUAAAAAUUGCGUCGAGAAGGCGGGAUUCAGCGCGUGGUUGUCAAGGUCGGCAGCGCAGGUGGUCGCGGAGACACAGAUCGCCGCCGGGGCAGUUGAGACUGGCCUGGCCCAGCUGGCGGAGACAGCCGUCGGAAAGGUGAAGGUAAUCAACGACGAGGUCAUCGUCACCUGGAUGACGGGGUUGCCCGAGAAGGAACGCAUUAUCGGCGACCAAACAUUCUGCGACCGGUCCCGCGACGAUGGGGACGUGGCCCGCAGAGAUUUGUUCAUGAAGCCUUGCGCUGGCGAUUCCUCCCUGGUGGCCAAUACUUUCUCCGAUGCCAUUUUGGGCGGCAAGGCAACGCGCGCGGGGUCAGGGCGCAAUCGGACAGGAACUAUCAGCAGCAAUGGGCUCAACAUGCUCGACUUGAUCUUGCGCCAGAUGGUCGGCCUCGGCUCGGACGUUGUGUUUGUCUACUCCGACUUCUGGAAGCACUCGGUCAAGGUAUGUUCCGACGAGGACUCUGUGUUGCCGUCCGACGCCACCACUGCAAAACGAAUGGGUUGGACAUAUUACUACGCCGGCAAGGCCUCUUUUGCGACCUCGGCGACCACUGCGAUUUCUUUCUUCGCGAACAUCGCAUCUGUCCUGAAGCCCCUGCGGGAGUUUGGAGUUUUCAUGGGCUUCAACGUCAUCUUCGUGUGGAUUCUCCUGACCUUGAUUUUCGUACCAAUGUGUCAGAUUAACGAGCGGCUUGCCAGACCCAACUCUCGCUUCGCCAUCGCGGUCUCGAAGUUGCACGGGAUGGUUGAGGGCCCGAAGAAUUGUUGCUUCGAGUUCUGGUCCACCUUGCGGAUCCUGUGCUGUCCCGACUGCGGCUUGAUACUCGACAGGGAGACUUGGACGCUCAGGAGCGGCACGGAGCAGAGCAAGGCACAGGUGGUGGAGAACGACUACACGGAGCCAGCGGGGGCAGCGCACGUGCACCGCGUCCGCGCCGUCGAGAACGGCCGCGCGUCCGCGGAUGCCUGUCGGGGGGGCAGAGAAGACGGUCCACGGGCGGCCGCAGGGCUUACGAAAGAGCACCCCACCGUGCCAGCGGUCUCCGUGCACGGAGCAUCGUUGAAAGACGAGGCCAUCUUCUCACGAGGUGCCGUCGAGCUGCCGCAAGCACACUGCGCUUUCAGCAGCUGCGGGUGGAGAGGGUCCAGCAACGCGGAGCUCCAGGAUCAUGUGGUAAGCAAUCACGCGGGGGAUCUCCGGGACGUCGCGGAGGCGCUCGCAUGCAACGAAGAAGACGAGACGAGGCGUAGAGAGACACAGUACUGGUCCGCCUACAACGAGGCCAUUGCAUGGAAAGUUCGAACGGGCGCGCCGCUUGCAGCACUGGCGAUCGAUCGUCGAUGUUUGCUCGAGUAUGCGCGGAGUCUGCGCGAGGGUGCGGUCGACUCUCUCGUGUGCAUGGUGUGCGCACGGAAGUUCCCGCGCGUUGAAGGGCGCAGAGGGAGCCCGAUCGAAUGGCGCGCGGUGAGUCCCAACGCGGACGGUUUGUUCGGGCUGUCAGGCGCGUUUGUGAGGGGGCAUAUGUCGGUGGACGCGUACGUGGAGCGGCCCGACGGGCUACGUGAGGCGGGAGAAAUUUUGGAGACCACGAAGGCGAACGCUGUGGUGUGUGAGAAGAGCAGUUUCGACGAGAUAGACAUCAAUGCACAGCGGAUUGAGGCCGCGCGGAACUUCGUGCAACGGCUAGAUGAGGAGUGCGCGCGCGGCGGGGCCGACGACGCGUCGAACUCCAGCGAGGACGAAGAAGGCGGCGAGAAGGCAGGAGCGAAGCAGAUUUAUCGCGCGCUCGAUGGGUGGUACGUCGACAUCAACAAUAGGAAACAGAAAGUAAACGGCGACGUGACCAAAGUGCGGCACGUGCCAGAGUUGGGCAAGGCCGCCCAUAAGCUGCUGACGCACAUAGAGCACACUUCGCGGCGACUGCCUGGGACGCAGGAAGCGCGUCGAGUCAUGCGGUUCGAGACGAACGCGCUGCGAGUGCGGUGCGGCGUUCCCAUAUUCGUAACCUUCUCGCCCGACGAAGGUCACAAUCUUCUCGUGGUGAGACUCUCGCGCACUCGACGGCAGGACCCCGUGCACAAAGCAGCUGAUGAUGAAGCGCAUUCGCGGCUGGCGGGAGGUCGGGGUUGGCCGCGCGUAGCCCCCGACAUGGACGGGCUGCAGAUGGAUCUGCCAAUGGCCGCGGGGGAGGCCGGAGUGCCGCCAUGGACCGAGCGCAGACGAAUUCUUGCGAGUGAUCCCAUGACCAGCGUGGACGGUUUCCGUAUCCGGGUGGACGCGACGCUCCACGGGCUCCGCGUGUGCACCGUGUGCCUGGAAGAUAAGAAGAGGGCGGGCACGCCGUGGCAAUGCAUGGAUUGUGGUUUAUGGAAGUGCCAGGAGGCUUUCCACGCGUCACAGCACCACCCGUCGAAGCUGACCACGCGGCGCUGCGUGGACUGCCCCGAGAGACGGAGUUGCCGCGUGUGCGAGCAUCGGAAAUACGAAGAGGCGUUCGCGCGGUAUCAGUGGGAACUGGCGGGGAACAGCCGAGGUAGGGGAGGAAUGUGCGCAGAGUGUGAAGAACUGAAGAAGCACCUCGUAUGUGGUCGCUGCAAGGAGAGCAAGAUCGCCACCCAUUUCGCGAAGCGCGACGUCGAUGACGUGGAGCGCUGGUGCGACAAGAACGAGAAAUUGAAGGUGAAGUCGCGCGUGGCGUGCGGCGGGGAACAACCGGAGGCCGCGUUCUCCAGGCGGAUGUGGAACGACGUCGCCGACAAGCAACGCAAGUGUGAAACGUGCGUCAAGAAGGCGAAGGUGAAGUCGUGCGUGGGGUGCGGCGAGGAACAGCCGGAGGGCGCAUUUUCCAGGCGAAUGUGGAACGACGUCGCCGACAAGCAACGCAAGUGCGAAACGUGCGUGAAGGGAGCGCGACCGCCGCGCGGGUAUUGGAAGUGCGUGCAGUGUAAAAAUUGCGUCGAGAAGCUGCUGCGCACCUACGGUUUCCUGGAGGCCGCGCCCGGGCCGUACACGGCGGUGAGGCUGUCGCACGACGAGGUGGUGCGUGCUGCAGUCGCCAGCAGCGCGCCCACUCGCCGGCCGCCCGGCUGCGAGCGGGUGGCACGCGCGCGCUUGGCGGCCUUGGGCAAGGCGGGCUGGCUGCCAGUCCUGUUCUCGGUGCCGCUCCGGGAGCCCAUGGAGGUGCCGCGGGCGUUGCUGAGCGCCGUCCAGGUGCUGGUGAUGAGCAAGCGCGAGCUGCGGGAGUGGCGGGAGGCGGGUAGCAUCGAGUCCGGGCAGGUCGAGGUCACAGGCAACGCAGACGAUUUGGCCGACAAGUUAGUCGCGCCAGACAUCGGCGCGGGCAGCGACGCGAACGCCAUCACGAGCAGCAACGGGGGAGCGCUGCAGGGCAAGACGACCACGGUCGCGGGAUAUCUCGGCCCCGAGAUCGCGCGCACCUUCCCCGCGGCGGUAGAGAUGAAAAAAAGCGAAUCGUCGGAGUCGGGCGCAGGCGCCGAGCAGCGCCCUCAGUGGUCUCGAGGCACGGGCAGGAAAGAACAACAGUCCACAGCGAAGAAAGCGACCCGGCAGGCAUCGAGUCUGGAGCGGGCAAGCACGGACCACGCGAGGCAGAUCCCCCAUAUCCACGCGCUGCACAAGCUGAACGCGUCAACAGAGGCACUCUGCUGGCAUCUGCAGCUCGAGCAUUUGCCAGUACUGACAAGAGGGAAGGAGGGCGCCCCAUCGUUCAAGAAGCAGCAGGAGCCCGACGGCGGCGACAAAGAUCAGAAGCUUCUCGGGCAGUUCGAGUCCCGCAUCAGGACAUCGCACUUCGAGGACCAGCUCACCAAUUUUUCAAGAACGAUAGUAGCCAUAGGCAAGCACCGCGAGACGGCAUCCCAGCUUCACAAGGAGGCAGAGGAAGCCAGCGACAACGGCGUCAUCCACACACCCACACGCUCGAGUUGCGUGCCGAUGGGCCUCCAGCGCGCCUCCGCGGUCAUCCCCGCGGCAGCGGGGGCGGAGGGGAAACGAGGUCGCGCGCCCAAGGUCGAGGUCGAGCCCCCCCUCCCCCCGGGCUGUGCGCCGAUGGGCCUCCAGCGCGCCUCCGCGGUCAUCCUUCUCGGCAGCGGGGGCGGAGGGGGCAACGAGAGGUCGUGCGCCCAUGGGAAGCACGGUCAGGAGGGCGGGCAGGACGCAGGAUCUGCAGCGCAGAGGCUCGCUGCCCGGGUCGAGGCACGGGAGUCGUUGCCCAUCGUGGUAGGGUGCCUGCUGGCGCUGGCUGGAGACCGCCUCCGGCGCCUGCCGCCGGCUGAGGAGCUUCCCGGAACGGCGCCCCCUCGCGGCGCCGGGGGCGCCGCCGCGCUGUGCCGGGCGCUGGCGGAGCAGGAGCGUGGGCUGUUCGAGGUCUUCCGCAGGGCGGUGCUGGCGCUCGUCGUCGCCGACGACGGCGACGACGACGACGGCGAGGAGGAAGAAGAGGAGGACGCGCUCGAGGAGGACGAGGAGGAGGACGCCGAGGCGGGUCCGCAGGGCGACGCGGCCGCACCGCCCGCGCAGGAGCCACCGCGCGGCGUGAAGCGCGGGCGCGGGUAG